GUUGCUCCGGGAUCUGGUCGGGCUGAUCCGGGGAUCAGAGAGAGCCAGGCACCGGAAAUCUGCCGGGGAUCACCGGGAGACGGCUCAGGAACCGGCGAAACGCACACGACAGGAGCGGAUCCCGACCGGAUCACAGACCCAGCGGAUCCUGACCGGAUCACAGACCCAGCGGAUCCAUACCGGAUCACAGACCCAGCGGAUCCCGACCGGAUCACCGUCCCAGCGCAUCCCGAACGGAUCACCGUCCCAGUGGAUCCCGACCGGAUCAUCGUCCCAGCGGAUCCAUACCGGAUCACAGACCCAGCGGAUCCCCACCGGAUCACCGUCCCAGAGGAUCCCCACCGGAUCACCAUCCCAGCGGAACCCGACCGGAUCACCGUCCCAUAGGAUCCCCAUCGGAUCACCGUCCCAGGGGAUCCCGACCGGAUCACCGUCCCAGUGGAUCCCGACCGGAUCACCGUCCCAUAGGAUCCCCAUCGGAUCACCGUCCCAGCGGAUCCCGACCGGAUCACCGUCCCAGCAGAUCCCGACCGGAUCACCGUCCCAGCGGAUCCCCACAGGAUCACCGUCCCCUCAGCGUCGAGGUCACCACGACACAAUCCAGCGGAUCUUCUCCAGUCCAGCCCCAGCUCACCACAAAG